AUGUACGCCAAAUGCGGCUGCCUGGAGGAUGCGGUGGCGGUCUUCGAUCUCAUCCAGCCCAAGAACAAUCACUCGUGGAACAUCCUCAUGGCGGCAUUUGCCCUCAACGGGCAUCCCCGAGAGGCCCUCGACAUCUUCCACCGCGUGGGAGCUGCCAUGGACGGCGACGCGGGCAAGAUCGCCAUCGUCAACGCCCUGGGCGCGCUCCACUCGCGAUCGCCGGAGGAAUUGGAGGCCGGGCGAGAGAUCCACGGGCGGAUCGUGGCCAAGGAGCUCCAGGGCGAUGGCGUGGUGGCAACGGCGCUGCUCAGCAUGUAUGGGCGCUGCGGCGAAGGAAUCGACGAUGCGUGGAGCGUGUUCGAUGCGAUCCAGCGCCACCCGGAUCAGGACCACCGAUCGGUAGUGCCGUGGAACGCAAUGCUGGCGGCGCUGGCGCAGCGGGGCUAUGGGGGCGACGUGGUGGCACUCUUCCGGAGAAUGGACGUGGAGGGCGUGGAACCCAACGCGAUCACGCUGGCGACGCUGGCGGAGGCGGUGAGCGAUGUGGCGCUGGCGGCGCAGCUCCAAGCCCGGAUGACCGCCACCGGCCUCGACGCUUCCUUCGAUCCAGCGGUGGGCAAUGCGCUCAUCGCCAUGUAUGGACGCUGCGGCGCGCCCGAUCAAGCCAGGGAGGUGUUCGAUCAAAUGCCACUGCGAUCACGCAGCGUCAUCACCUGGACGGCUGUCAUCUCCGCCUACGCCGCCCGCCAGGAUCGCCGCCACGCCGCCGCCGCGCUCCGCCUCCUCUGGGAGAUGGAUCACGAGGGGCUCAUCCGCCCAAACGAGACCACCAUGGCCAGAAUCGCCGCCGCGGGCUGCGUGCUCGGAGAUCCCACCCAGGCGGCGCUAAUCCACGCCCGGAUCGAGGCCAUGCUCGGGGAGCGGCUGGGCGGCGGCGCUAGCAGCGGCGCCGCCGCCGGCGAUCACCUUAUCCUCGCCACCACCAUCGUCAACAUGUUUAGCCGCUGCGGCAGGCUGGAGGAUGCGCGGGGAGCGUUCGAGCGGAUCCAGCACAAGGACUCCAUAGCCUGGAACUCGAUGAUCGCGGCGGAGCACAGCCACGGCUGCCACGCCCAGGCGGUGGCGCUGCUCCGGAGGAUGGAUCUCGAGGGUGUCAAGCCGAGCGAGGGCACAUUCGCGAGCAUCGUGGCGGCGAUCGCCAGCGUGGGAUCGGCUGAUCAGCUGGGCUUCGCGCGCUCGUUCCACGCCCGGAUCGUGGAUGCAAGCUUCCAGAUUGGCACCAGCCCGGUAGGCAACGCGCUCAUCCACAUGUAUGGCAAGUGUGGAUCGGCGGAGGACGCCCAGGCGGUGUUCGAUGCGAUGGAGAUCCGGAGUGUGAAUUGCUGGACAGCGCUUAUCGAGGCGUACGCGCAGCUGGGGCGAGGAUCGCAAGCGCUGCAGUGGUUCCAGGCGAUGCGCCGCGAGGGCAUUUGCCCUGACCCCAUCGCAUUCGUGGGCAUCUUGUUCGCUUGCAGCCACUCGGGCCUCCUCCGUGACGCUCGCUACUACUUCCUCUCCAUGAUCGAGGACCACGGCAUGCAGCCCAUCGCCGAGCACUACGAAUGCAUGGUCGAUCUGCUGGGACGGACAGGGCAGCUCCAGCGCGCGCAAGAACUCAUCGAAAUCAUGCCCUUCUAUCCAAAGCCGCUCGCCUGGAUGUCGCUCCUUGGGGCCAGCAGCGUCCAAUCCAGCGACGAGCACGCCGGCGAUGCGGCUGAGCACGUCCUGGGGAUGGAGCCGCGGAAUUCAUCUUCCUACAUCGCGCUCUCCACCGCCAUUUCCUCUUCUUCUGCUCAAGAACCCUAA